AUGAGAUCGUGGCCUCGACCUUUCGCACUCAGAACUUCCGCGGCGAGGGCUACAUUGCCGAAUCUUCCACUGGCCGGGUUACGUAUUUUGGACCUGUCAAGAGUGCUGGCUGGUCCAUUCUGUACGCAGAUUCUCAGUGACUAUGGGGCGUCUGUUGUAAAGGUGGAGCAGCCCCAGGUCGGCGAUGAGACACGCAGCUGGCGAGCUCCCAAGGAGGCGCAGAUGUGGAAGGAUGAUGUCUCUAAAAUGAGUCUUUAUUUCUCAGCUGUCAACCGCAACAAGCGUUCAAUGACACUCAACCUCAAGUCCCAAGUCGGAGUAGAAAUUGCCAAAAGGCUGGCUUGCGAGAGCGAUGUUCUUAUUCAUAACUUUCUGCCUGGAACUGCCGAAGCAAUGGGGCUUGGAUAUGAAGAGUUGAAGAAGGACAACAAGCGCCUGAUCUACUCUUCUAUCUCUGGGUACGGUACCAAUGGGCCUAAUCGGUCGCGCCCUGGAUAUGAUGCGAUUGCACUGGCAGAAGCAGGUCUCCUCCAUAUCACUGGACAGAAAGGAGGGCCCGCGUCGAAGCCCGGGGUUGCCAUUGCUGACAUGUGCACCGGCUUAUACGCCCAUGGAGCCAUCUUGGCUGCUUUGGCACAGAGGCAAGCCACUGGCCUAGGGACUAAGAUUGAGGGAAGUUUGUUUGAAACGGGCCUCAGCCUUCUUAUCAACGUAGGCCUCAACGCUUUGAACCUUGACACGAAUGGAGCGCCUGAGGACCGACGCCGAGGGCAGCGCUGGGGGUUGGAGCAUCCCAGCCUGGUGCCCUAUGGUGGUUUUGAAACACAAGACGGAAAGACCAUUUUUAUAGCUGCGAACAAUGAUCGCCAGUGGAAAAUACUGUGCGAAAAAACCGGUCUCGCACAUUUGCUCCAAGACGCCAGAUUCAGCUCGAAUGACGGUCGCCUACAAUGUCGCGAUGAGAUCAACGAGAUUGUGCAAGACACAAUCAAGAAACAAACCAAGGAAGAGUGGCAUCAGCAAUUGCAGAACAGUGGUCUGCCAUACGGAGCAAUAAACGACGUGGUGGAGGCACUGGAGCACCCUCAAUCAACAGCACGGGAUAUGGUCAUGAAUGUAUCUAACUUUGACGCGUCGAGAGAUGGAAGUUUGAAGCUGAUUGCUCCUGCUGUCAGGUUUGCAGGUACAGAAACGGGGGUUCGAUUCAACCCGCCUAAGCUGGGUGAGCACACGGAUGAAGUGCUCUGCGAGAUGGGAUAUUCUGCUGCGGAGAUCAAAGGUUUUAGGGAGACUGGCGUAAUCUAACGACCUUUUAUCUUUUGAUGUGCUAGGAUAUAUCAAAAUAUCUUACGCUAUUAACCAAGAAGCUGAUAUAUUAAGCUUCCUGUUCACCUAAGA